AUGGAGCCCUACGUGUUUCUUUACCCAGAACAGCACAUUGAAGAAAUCCAAGCUGCUUUUGAGAAGUUUAAGUCUCAAGUAGAGCUAUUUACAGAACAACCUGGCGAAAUUAAUCAAGAUUUUAUCAGAUUAAUUUACGACUUAUCGCAUGUCGUCCACCAUCAUGGCUUCGGCGGUGAGUUUUUAGAGAAAUGUUUCGCAUUUCUUGAGACACAUCCAGAAUCUCUUUCACCAGACGCGAGAUCUUCGUUGGUCCAAGCGAUUAUUGUUCUUCACAACCACAAAGUCAUCGAUACUGUUGACCUUAUCGAUCACUUUGUACCACUAUUCCGCUUAAACGACAAAAACGUACGAAGAACCAUAUAUGGACACUUCUUCAACAGAAUUCCAUACCAUCAGACACCACAGAUCAAGAAAGAAUUACAGAAAUACGUUCAGCAUGAAGACCCAAGAGUUUCCUUCAAGACACUUAAGCUCAUUAUUGAUAUUUUCCACAAAGAAAAUAAAGAAGAUCCACAAACAAUCAAUUUCAUCGCUCGCUGCAUAGAUCUCAAGAACCCACGACUUGUAAAUGCUAUCGUUUCAUUCUUCUUGGACCCUUACACUCCAAAACAGGAAUCUUUGAUCGAUGAAGACGAUCUCGAAGAGAUGAGACGUGAAGCAGAGCACCAAAUCCUUAUCAACGGUAAGACAAAGAAGAAUAAGAAGCAAUUGGAGAAGAUUAAGCACAUGAAAGCUUCAAUUCCUCAAGAUCCAGUUCAAGUUUUGGGUUCUCUUGAUGAUCCACUCAAAUUAACAAUCAGACUCUUCUCAUUACUAUCACAGCCAGAGCAUGUUAAGAUUUUUAAAACCAGAGAAACGCAAUUACGUGCUAUGGAACUUAUAUCAAAGUUAAUCUUCCAAUUCUCACUCGAUUUCGACAAAUUCUUUACAUGGUCCGAGCGUUUCAUCCGUCCUAACUAUGAAGAUAUUACAAAAUUGCUUUCUAUCGUUGCAUCCGCUGUUCAUUCAACAACAAACGUCGAUACAGUUGCAGAAGUUUGCAGAACUAUUGCCAAUAACUUCGUGGUCGAUCAUCUCGAUGAAGAAGUACAAAUUGUCGGUAUGAAUACGAUCAGAGAAAUAUGUGCAAGAAAUCCACACGGCAUGACACCCGAAUUACUCGAAGAUCUUACAGCCUACAAGAAAUCAGAUAGAAAGGGCGUAGUCAUGGCCGCUCGUGGCAUUAUCCAAGUUUUCAGAGAAAAUAGACCAGAUAUCUUACCGAAGAGAGAGCGUGGAAAGCCAACAGACGAUGCAGAAGAGCCUCUGGCGUUCGGAGAACAGAGAUCUUCCAACGUUCUUGGAGAACUUGGCGAAAUCGCGAUGACCAGAUUAUUAACAGACGAAGAGAUCGAAAAGAUCAAGAAAGGCAAAGCAGAUGAAAUCGGAGAUGAUGAUAAUAACCCAGAUGAUUCGAUUAUCGAUGAAACUACAUUGACAGAAGGAAGUAGAGUCCACAAGAGGACAAAAGAAGAAAUAGUUGCUGCAGCGAAGGAAGGAAAGCCAGAGAAACACUCUUUCCACAACAAGAAAGAGGAUAAAACAGCUGGUUUCAGUAACAAGGACAAGUUGAAGUUCAAACCUUUCAUGCUCACAAGAUUUAGACAGGAGUCAGGAAGGAUAAAGAACAAGAACCUCAGCGCUGUUCAGAAGGAUAAGAAGAAGAGGGAAGGAAAGCUGAAGACCCUCAAGAUGAGAUAG